AUGGAAGGAACGAGCGAGGUGUACCAAACCGGCACGCUCUUUGAACGUCGAAAGCUGGUUGCGGUAGGACUGGGGGCCAUACGCGAGUAUUGUGCCACCAAUUGGUGGGCACAGGUCUUGCCGAAAUGGCCCAAGGAUGUCCCCAAUGAUCUCGUGGAGUCUAUCUAUGCGAAACUGGUCCAGGGGGGGGAAUAUCUGGAGAAGGAGCAAAGAUGGAAGUCGUUCCCUGUUGACCCGGCACGAGACCAACGGCACGAGACAGCGGUACACAAGGAUUGGCAGCUGGUGGUCGAACAGAUCGUACAAGCGUUGCAUCACGUAUUUCCCGACUAUCGGCCUCGGAUCGAUGAGCUGGAGUACUGGCAACAGCCGAGCCUGGCUCUUGGGAUCAAGACGGCGACGGCGGAGCCUGACCUCCCCAGAGGUGGGUCUGCAACUGGAGAAACGGACGCGUCCCCACUCGGCGUCAUCAAGAAGUUCCAGAAGCCGACGCACUUGUGGAAGGAUAUCGCGGAGGUGGGACAGUUCAAGAAGGUGGAUUCCACAAACCGGAACGGCGACACUGCUGCUGAAGAACUUAUCUGGAGCAUCCACUACAUGCUGCGGCAGGACUCAGCUCGCAGGACCGUGUAUGGGUCGACUUUCGUCGGCAGAGAGUUCAGAUCCUUCCUGGGAUCGCGGCUUGGAGUUUUUGCGUCUCAGGCAGUGGAUGUCCACCAUGAUCCGAAGAGCAUCAUACAGUAUUACGUGAGGAUGAUGUGCGCCGACGACAUCAGCCUCGGGUGGGACGCGAGCAUGACGCGGAAUGAAGAGGGGCAAAUUGUGUUCAGCUUGGAGACGGGGAACAAGGCCCCGCCGCUCGUCCUGACCGCAACCAGAGAGCUGUUCAGCCAGGCGGCUGAGAACAUUCGAGGCCGGGCCACGCGUGUCUUCGAGGUGACCCGAGACUCGGACGGAAGUGUAUUCGCUCUUAAGCUCGGCUGGAUAGAAGAGGGCCGCCGCACGGAGGGCCAAAUAAUCAAGAAUAUGAAGGAAAGCCUAAGAAAAGUGGACCCGAACGAUCAGACGCUGGAGCAGCACGUACUGGACAUCGAGGCAGAGGGAGUUGUAACAUUCCCAGAUGUUGGAGAAGAUACGACACGACUACCUCUCGGGAACAUGGAUAUAAAUGGCGACAAGUGUGCGGUACUGCACGAAGGCUCGAUUGAUGGCUUGCGGUCAGUAAGCAAGCUGGUGCAUCGGGAACACAGGUGGACUCUAUACAAGGCGGUGCUGAAGCCACUCUGGCAAUUGGACGACCUGCGGGAUAUAUGUUGCGGGUUGAGAGACGUCGGGACCGCACUUUCGGCCGUUACGAAGGCGGGGUACGUGCACAGGGAUCUUAGCGUGGGGAACGUAUACUGGGACGAGAGGAAGAAGCGAGGGUACUUGAGCGAUUUUGAGUAUGCUGUACCCUGGGAAGGGAACGGGCGGGGCACGGCGUGCGAACGUGUUCAGGGAACGCCUAUGUUUAUGCCGCUCGAAGUGGCCAAGGGUACAUGGGGUUUCAUCACACCAAAUGAAACCGACCUCUCUGCCAUAUCACGGAGGGCAGUGCAGUGCCCUGAGUUUGUCGCGACCCCGCUGCAUGAUCUGGAGUCGUGGGCUUGGGUUUGGUUGUGGGCAGUGGUGCGGUUCCAGCCUGUCGGAGCAGCCGGACCGACAGAAUGCCAGAGAAUCCUGGGCAGUUUCCUGUUUAACGGCAAUCCAGCAAACGACAGCCGAGACUGGUACAUCAGGUCGGAAGAAGGUGGCAGUCCCCCGGCAUUCUCUGUCGUGGCCGACCUUGCGAAUACUCUGUUCAGAGUGGUACACGCCGGACAUCACAAGUACCAGAAGUUGUGGACACCGGACGUCUUUGCUGAGGCAUGGGAAAGUGCACUGAAGAUGUGUAUCAAAACGACGCUCCCCGGGAGCAUCCCAAUCAAGCCCUGGUCGGACAAUCCCAUGCUCGGCGGGCUGGUGCAUCGUACAGAUCGAGCAGGGUCUCAACACAAACGGAAUGCUUCUCAGAGUGUCAGCCGCGAAACAGCAAAGAGAUGGAAGGGAGAGUAGGAUGAUUUUGCCUGUGCUGUAAUUUUGUAGUGUAUAUGGAUGCUGCUAAUCGCUA